AUGUUACUUACUUCCGCAGUUUCAUUAGCAAUUACUACUAUUUCUGUAACUUUUCCUGUAGUAUUUUACUACACUAUAAAAGACUGCUGUUUCCCGAAAGAAACUUCGAAUGAUCGAGAUUUUAGAACUGUAUCAUUUAUUCGAAUUAAUGACUCUGAAGUACGUAUAAUAUCAAAACCAAUAUCGUUAAGACCAACCGCAUUUGAAGAUGUAAAAGUCAUACAAAUGGAGGGAUACGAUGAAUUGAUAGUGACGUCACCAUCUGGGUUUAAAUAA